GAGAGUACCCGAUCAUCGUGUUCAAACGCCGCACUAUCAAGAGGUUACGCCAGGAGUCAAGAGUCAAGAGUCAAGCAGACGAUGGAUUGCCAGUUACAAGUCACAACAAACCCGUAGCGCAAACAAGCAGCAAAGUCACCAACUCCCUGUCAGGGCAUCAAUGUCGACGAAACGCGCACACAUGACGACACACACAAGCCGUUAAGCUCUAGAAAUUGCCGCCUCCCACCCCCUUCCACUCACCCAUAUGAGCCAAGGUCCAAGGGCUGCUUCUAGAUGCGCAUCAAACCGCGUCGCCGGCGCCCGCGUCCACCACAACAUCACCACCCAGCCGACGGCGCAUAGUGUAUCCCAACCGGUGAUCCCGUCCUAUGGCACACUGGGCGCGGUAAAAUGGAAACCUUCGUCUCGGGUACAGCGUGCAGCCAAAGAGCUUACCAAUCUGUCGGGGAUCUUUCUUGCUCUCUUGAGUCUCUCCUUCGUCUGUCACUUCUGUCACGGUACCUUAUUCCUGAGGUACGUUGUCAAAAGACUCAGCCAUGAAACUUUGCUUCCAAAGUGUCCCUGUUUCCAUAUCCGUUUGUCCCGUCUCGUUCCCAUCCCUUCCUAUCCAUGGCAUCCAAGCCCCCCUUGGAGAUCCACCAUCGAUAACACGAACUCCGCCUCAUGGCAUUUUGACUCUUUGCCCUUUCCUGUCCCCCCCCCUCCUUCGUUCACCUACAAGUAGGACAUUGUGGUGAUAGGGUUCGAAAACCCCAAUCGCGAUCUCUUCU